CAGUUGUACCAUGUCCUGCCUAACGAGUGUACUGCAGCUAUUGCAAGUGCUGACAACGCUUUCGGGCUGCAACAUCUACAAAUAUGUGCCCCAGAAGCAGGCAUUCCGGCUGAGCCCACAGUUGAAUUCGGCUGUGGGAGUAUGCCACGGCUUCUGGCUGCGACCCUGGCUGUUGUCGAUCUUCGUAAUGUAUUCGAUAUUCUUCAUCUACGAGUUCGUGGAUGUUCUUGUGAAUUUGAACCCGGGCAGUGACAGUGCUUUGAGCAUGUUCUACAUGGCAACGCGUUUCUUCAUAGGCAAUUGUACAAUUUUAAUAAGUUACAUUAUUGCCUAUUGCUAUAUCUACCAGCGGCGGCAGCUGCGGGACUUGCUCAACGGAUUUGUGCGGAUAUAUUAUAGAUACAGGGGAAUAUGCGGCCAGGAGCCCAAAAUUAAUUGGAGUUUCUUUGUCAUACACAUUGUUAAAAUAGCUUCAAUGACCAUGCGACAAUCGCUGCUCGACAUGAUUCCAUUCAUGUCCAGCAGCUCGAUUUUCUGUAUUUUCUUACGCAGUUCGGGGUAUCUUUUUGGCAGCAUUCAGCCACUACUGAUGGGAGUUACUGCCCACUUGGGUAUUCUGCUCCUCUACUCUUGCUACGUUCUGCCCACAGCCCGACCCAGUCGACAGAAGUUAAUCCAGCUGAUUGACUACUAUAAAAACCUGAUCGAGUUGCGCCGAAAGUUUGAGUCGCUCAUCAGACCCCUGGUCUGGAUCUGCAUCAUGGAUGACUUUAUCUUCUUUGUGGGCACUCUCCAUUUGUACUUGUAUGAGGAGCGCAUCUUGGGUCGCUAUCUCUACACUUUUGUUGCGGCCUUUUCCUAUCCGCUGUGUCUGGUCCACAUCAAUCUGUCCAUCGACUUUGCCCAAAGAGAGUUUGGACAAUUCAGGAAUAACUUCAAGCCCCAGCGUCAGUUACAAAUGUUUUGGCUCUAUCGUUUGGCGCUACCAAACGGAGCGGACAAGAGCGAAUUGAAUGUAUUUCGCUUAAAUCGUGGCCACAUCUUGCAGGUCCUCAGCACUGGCUGGACGUGGGCCAUGUUUUCGAAUAGCAUUUACGUGAAUAGUACAGAAUUUCUGAGACAUAAAGAGAAGGUUCAGGAACACCGGCAGUAGUGGAUUUUAUAUGCAAAGUUCAUGGGGAGAGUGAAGAUUUUCAAGAAGAUUUUUUGUAAUAUUUGAGAAUGAUUUUUGUACUUUUGUAAUAUUUGAUAUAAAUAUAUAUUUCCAUAUAGUUUUGUCUGUAAUUCUUUUUGUGGUUUGAUGUUUCGUUUCGUUUUCAGCCAUAAUUAAAUAAUAUAAAACUGCAGAAAGAAGUGUAUUAAAAGCUUUGGCUUAGCCUCCAUAAAUACUUUAGUUCUCUUGCUCUCCCAUAGCCCGUCUAUUAGCUAAAUGAAGUAGUUUCGGACAGUGGAACGAAGUCAUUUGUCAACGUCACACAAUCCCAUUUGGCCACCCAUUUUUGUAGUUUGUGGAAGUUUGGUAAUCAGUUCGCCGCGAUCCGGGCUGCAACAUUUUCAAAUAUGUCUCUCAGUUGAAUUUUGUGGUGGGAAUGAGUCACAGAUUCUGGCUAUGACCUUGCUCUUCCUGCGAAAUGAAUGCCUUUCGCCUGAAUCGUGGUCAUGCUCUGCAGAUCCUCAGCCACGGCUGGGUAUGGGUCAUGUUAAAAAAGUUGUUUUCAAAUCAUAAGACAUUUUUCAAAUAUAUAAAGUAAUAAAAAAGAAUCUUCCGCUGAAAAGUUCCAUCAAAUUUGAAGUUUUUCACUGUUUCAAGUUUUACCAC